UCUUCUCAAAAUAUAUACAAAAUUUAAAAAAAAAAAAAAAAACAUUAAUAAAAUUAAUUAGAAGAAUGGUGAAGGCAGAAAAGAAGAUGGCCGCAGCAUUAAUUACGAAUGAUGCAUUAAUAAUGUCGUCGUCGUCGUCGUCGUCGUCGUCAGAGUACAAAAAGAAGUACAAGGGUGUAAGAAUGAGGAGCUGGGGUUCAUGGGUGUCUGAAAUAAGAGCACCUAAUCAAAAGACAAGAAUUUGGUUAGGCUCUCAUUCUACACCCGAAGCUGCUGCUAGAGCUUACGAUGCUGCUCUUUUUUGUCUCAAGGGUUCUUCCGCUAAUUUCAAUUUUCCAUUCUCCAUUCGUAAUUAUUCCGACAACACUUCUUCAAUCAUGUCCCCGAAAUCCAUUCAAAGAGUCGCCGCUGCAGCAGCCAAUACUAAUACUAAUACUAGUACUAAUAAUAAUCCAACUAAUUUUCUCGAUGAAAAUUUGAAUAUUUUAAGCCCACAAUCAGCGUCAGCAUCAGUAUCAACAUCAGUAUCAGCAUCUUCAUUGAACGGUGCAGAUUCAUCGCCAUCACUUUCUUCGUCUUCUCCUAAUCAUCCCGAAACUACCCUUCAUAGUAUCGAAGAUGAUCUUAUCUCGUUAGCAACGACGACGCCUUUUGAUGGUGACGAUUACUCGUGGUACAACUUUGAGUCCCCAAAGUACUACACUGAAAUGGUGAAUGGGGUGUUCUUUGAUCCACACAUGAUAAUGGAGGAUUCUUAUGAAGAUGCUGCUGAUAUUCGAUUAUGGAGCUUCUGCUGAAAUUCAUCAUAUAUUAUUUUUUUAUUUUUUUUGGUCACUUAUAUUUAUUUAUUCAUUGGAUGAUCUUCAGUUUAUUAUUUCUUGAAGACAUUACUGAUAGUGACUUGCAGUAAUUAAAAAAAAUAUAUAUAUAUAUAUAUUUAGAUUGCUCUGUAUUGUAGUGGAAUUGAGAAUUUCACAUGAGAGGAACUUAUUUUCUUGACUCUCAUCACUGAAUUCAUGUAUAAUAUAUGUAUUUAUAUUUAUGUUGAAUGUACUAAGUAAAAAAAAAAAAUUGUUUUUUUACUGUGCUGAAAACAGACUAGGGU